AUGCCCCAGACUUCCAUCAUCUUCUCCAGCAUACUUGGGCCCAGCUGUAGUGAACAGGUGCAGCCUGUAAUGGGGGAGCAAGGAGGCGGGGCCAUUGGUUCCAGGGACCUCAUCUUCCAGGAUGGACGCCUCAUCUCCGGGUCCCUGGAGGCCUUGAUGGAGCACCUUGUCCCCACAGUGGAUUAUUACCCUGAUGGAACAUACAUCUUCACAUUUCUCUUGAGCUCCCGGGUCUUCAUACCCCCUCAUGACCUGCUGGUCCGUGUGGGGCAGAUCUAUCUGGAGCAGAGGCAGCAGCUGGAGGCUGGGUCUGAGAAGGUAAAGGCCAUAUUGAAGACCUUCUCAGCCAAGAUCGUACAGCUGCUAAAGGAGUGGACAGAGGCCUUCCCCUGUGACUUCCAGGAUGAGAAGGCCAUGGCCGAACUGAAGGCCAUCACCUAUUGGGUCAUGCAGUGUGAUGAGGAGAAUGGCACAGUGAAGAAGGCCAUUGCCCAAAUGACACAGAACUUGCUGCUAUCCCUGGCUGCCCGGAGCCAGUUUCAGGAGCUUCAAGAAAGGCUCUGCUCACCAACUGUAGACAAAGGGCCCAUCCUGAAGGCCAAGCCAGCGACCACUCAGAAGGAUAUCCUGGGCGUGUGCUGUGACCCCAUGGUGCUGGCGCAGCAGCUGACUCAUAUUGAGCUGGAGAGAGUCAGCAGCAUUCACCCCCAGGACCUGAUGAAGAUCAUCAGCCAUGUGGACACUCCAGACAAGCACAGGUGCCAAGGGGACCUGACCAAGACCUACAGCCUGGAGGCCUAUGACAACUGGUUCAAUUGCCUCAGCCUACUAGUGGCCACUGAGGUAUGCCGGGUAGUGAAGAAGAAGCACCGGACCCGCAUGCUGGAGUUCUUCAUCGAUGUAGCCCGGGAGUGCUUCAACAUUGGAAACUUCAACUCUAUGAUGGCCAUCAUCUCUGGCAUGAACCUCAGUCCUGUGGCUCGGCUGAAGAAAACAUGGUCCAAAGUUAAGAUGGCCAAGUUCGAUGUCUUAGAGCACCACAUGGAUCCAUCCAGCAACUUCUGCAACUACCGCACAGCCCUCCAGGGGGCCACACAGAGGUCUCAGACAGCCAACAGCAGCCAAGAGAAGAUUGUUAUUCCUGUGUUCAAUCUUUUUGUUAAGGACAUCUACUUCCUGCACAAAAUCCAUACUAACCACCUGCCCAAUGGGCACAUUAACUUCAAGAAAUUUUGGGAGAUCUCCAGACAGAUCCAUGAGUUUAUGACAUGGACACAAGUAAAGUGUCCCUUUGAAAAGGACAAGAAGAUUCAGAGUUAUCUGCUUACAGCACCCAUCUACAGUGAGGAAGCACUGUUCAUCGCCUCCUUUGAAAGUGAAGGUCCUGAAAACCACAUAGAAAAGGACAGCUGGAAGACCCUAAGGGCUACUCUCCUUAACAGAACCUGAAGGUGUGGAUGCAGCCUGCAACAGACACAGGAUGAAGCACACCUGGGAACCAAGCUUUAAUCUUGAUAAUGGGUUGAGAUGAGGUGGCCUCACUGGUUGGGGUCCAUUUGUAUAUAACUUUUAUGGGGAAAAAAUGGUAAUUGUUUCAUCCAUCAACCUUUGGCACAGUUUUGUUGUUGUUGUUGUUGAUUUUAAAUAACAGGGCAGUGCCCUGGUUUUGGGAGGGAUGAAGAAGAGUAUCAUGGGAGAUGGCAUCCAUGAUAACAUCUUGGUCUAAUGAAAUGUAGAUUUUUAUUUUCUACUUUUGACUAUAUUCACAUCUUAUGAAAAAUAUAUUUAAAAAAACAACCAAAACUAAUGUGAGCCCUACCUGCUUAGAUGCCCUCCCAGUCAGUGUCUGUGACGUCAGGGCUAGUGCCUUAGAGGGUACUGGAGGGCUGUCUCCCACUCUGCUCUGACCGCCCCCCCUCCCCAAGCUACAAGAGGCUCUGUGAAUCCUUGGCCCUAGACUGUAGGCACCUGCCCUCAAAGCCUGGGCCACUGAGGGUCCAGGUUCCAGUGGGGCCUUAGGAGGCCAGGAGGUCUCAUUUGCACACUUCUGGAAGCAAACCCCCAACUACAGGCUUUCCAAAGUUUACAUUUUCCUUUUCCUUUAUCAGGGAUUUAUAGGGUUGGGAGAGGCAGAGGGACACAUGGCAGCAUAUUUUUCUGUUGGAAUAUGUCUGGCAAAUCUUUCUUCAACUACAUUUUAGAAAAACAGAAAAUCCAAAAUAAUGUCAGGUGUGGGGAGUUAUGGAAUUGUCAGUUUUCCAGGCUGUAACUGGAAGAAACACCUAGUUGUAAGGAAGAGCAUACUAAGGGUAUUGAAGAUGGAAACACUUGGGCCAUUUUCAAAACCCAAGUACCAAGUAAAAAGAAGCAACUCAUAGACCAGUAUUCCAGUGGACAGUGGCUCCUCCCCUCUAGGCGGGGGCUCUGCUGAUGAAAUCUGAAACAGAAAAUUAGCCAGGCCAGCAACUUCUGGAGCCCGCUUACACACAAUUGACCCAAAAUUUGGAGGUGUUUUUCACUCCCAAACUCAAGGAGCACACUCAUUCCUGGCUGUGGGAGGAGGAUUGCCCUGUUCCCUAGAAAGUGGGAGGUGGGCAACUCAUGCU